UUUGCUUGAGCCUCUCUCUCUCUCUCUCUCUCCAGAACGAAACUCCGGCGCAGGCGCGCAGGAGCAUCCCCGGACCGGAGGGACUGAGAAAUUCUUCUCCCGAAGAUGAUCGUAGGCUCUACGAUCGCGAGCUUUUUCCGUUCGUCGCUCCUUCGUUCGUUCGCUUUCCUCGUCCUCUCCCUUGUCUCUCCGCUGCGGCCAUUCCGUAGCGAAGGAGCCCGUCGAGAUUUCUGUGGGAAUUUGAGGUAAACGAUACGCGAUCUCGCCUCCUCGUCCGAAUCGUUUCGGGGGUUUUUGUGGGGCUGUGCUUCCGCCGUGGCUGAAGGAGGAGCGAGAUUCUCUUGCGGAUCUUGCUGAUUUCUGAUUGCCUUUUUUUUUAAAAAAAAUGUUGGGGUACUUUCGUUUGCUCGCAAUUUCGGAAACGGGGGAGAUUCGGUGGCUAGUCGUGAAUUAGCUUGUGGUUUCGGGCCAUUUGGCUUCGGAGAGGAAGGAAGAUAGUCGAAUAGGUAGAUUCGUUUGAUUCUAUGAUGCUAGGAAACUGAUUGGCCUGGUGCCUCUGUGAAUACCGCUGCUCCUUCGUUUUGGCUUAUUAGGAGUUAGGGCUUGUGGGUUUAGUGAAGGCGAGAGAUGGACAGUUCGGGUUUGGGAGGCGGGUUUUUGUCGGUGUCGAGCGGGGGAUUGUUAGACCUGGAGUCCUCGAUGCACAGGCACCAGCCGACCCACCUGUCUCAUUCUUCCAUGAGCCAUCGGCAGCCGAUGAAUCUCAUGACUGGUCUUGAAAGCGGCAGCCAACACGUGGGGCUGAUAGAAGUUGGGGGCAUGACGGCGCGAGGCACACCGACGAAUUUCAGCAAAGGGAAGGCUGCGGUUGGUGCGUCGAAUGCUGGCAACAUUAGCGAGGAGGAUGAACCUAGUUUUGAUGAUGGGACUGGGGAUAGUUCGGGAAAGAGUAAGAAGGGUUCUCCUUGGCACCGGAUGAAGUGGACCGAUGAGGUGGUUAGGCUUCUCAUAGCAGUGGUUGCUUGCGUGGGCGAUGAUGGGAUUCCCGAGGAGGGAUUUAGGAGGAAAUCUGGGAUACUCCAGAAGAAGGGCAAGUGGAAAACUGUUUCAAAGAUUAUGAUCAGUAGAGGCUGUCAUGUCUCGCCGCAGCAGUGUGAGGAUAAGUUCAAUGACUUGAACAAGAGGUACAAGAGACUAAAUGAUAUCCUUGGGAGAGGAACUAGUUGUAAGGUGGUGGAGAACCCUUCACUUAUGGAUUCCAUGCCACAUCUAUCUGCAAAGGCAAAGGAAGAUGUGAGGAAGAUAUUGAGCUCGAGGCAUUUAUUUUACAAAGAGAUGUGUGCCUAUCAUAAUGGCCAAAAGAUUCCUAACUGCCAAGAUUUUGAUUUACAAGCAUAUUCAUUGCAUCUUGAGAAGGGAUCAAAGGAUGAUAAUGCAUCUGAUGAGGAAGCUGAAGACAAUGAGGAUGAUGAAGACGAAGACGACGAUGAUGGAUUGGAUGAUGAGGAUGACAUUGGUGUUGGCGGAUGCCGAGGAAGAGUGUGUGAUCCUAAUAAGAGGAAAAUGGUUGAGGAGGAUGGCCCAUCAUGGCCGCAGUGUAGUAGGCAUGAGGGUUUGCAAUUUGAGAUGGCAGAUAUAUUUCAGGACCCAUCAAAGACACCAUGGGAGCGAAAAGAGUGGAUCAAGAGACAGAUGUUGCAACUUCAGGAACAGAGAGCAAACAUUCAGGCUCAAUCCUUUGAGCUCGAGAAACAGCGUUUCAAGUGGCUAAGAUACUGCAGCAAGAAAAACAGGGAGCUGGAGCGGUUGAGGCUGGAAAAUGAGAGGAUGAAACUAGAAAAUGAGCGGGGGUUUUUGGAGUUGAAGCAUAGGGAUUUGGAAAUCAAUUCCAGGAGGUCGGAAACAUCUUUUGACCCCACUUCUCAUGGCAUUGACAGAAUUCAAGGGAGAGAUCACAUAGAUUUAAGUAGGCAUCAAUAGCAACCUACAGGCCUCUCUUUGCCGUCUCUCCACUCAGAAAGGACGAACUGCGCACGGGUUUUGUAUUAACCGCUUUAUCAUCAAAAUUUGGUGGGACUGCUGUUCUCUGUUUUUUUCCCUGUGAGUAGAUUUGUGCUAUUGAAAGUAGAUUAUUGUAUUUUGAUACUUUAUCUACCUGUGAACUGCCUAAUGUAGACCUGCAUUAAGAUUUUCCAAUUAGCAUUUCGAUAUCUUUCGCUCUUAGGAUGAUCUUUGCUUCAUGUAAUUGUCUUUGGGAAGCCUGACCAAGCAGAUUCAUUCAUACUAUGCGAGGCAGUGGCUGUGUUCAUUUUUUGUUAACAGAUGGAUAGUGCUUGGACAUCAAGCAGUUUUUGUUACACCUGAGUUGCAAGACAGAGCAGAUGAUUUGUGGACAGUGAGCCGAGAAAUCCGGCUGAAGAUCUCCAAUUCGUAAAGCUGGUACUUAGGUUCCACUUGGGUGUCUGCACAUGAUGUGCUGUAAUAAAUAAAAAAAAGCACAUGAAUGACCCGUAAAUGAACAGCAGGGGUAUCAAUUGUUGGAUCAGUGCUUUCCGUAAAAGAAGUACCGCUUGACCACGCGAAGAAAGUUGCUGAAUGGAGGAGCAUCUUGAGCAAAACUGUUGAAAGAGAUGACUAGAAAUGAUACUUGACCAAUAGAUGAUGCUUUCCGUA